AUGAUAUCUGAGAGUUCUUCAGCACUGUACACCGCUACACGUGGCAGGGUUUGGUUUGGUCAAGUAUCGAUAGUGCUGCCACCACUGUGGACGGACGCUUACUGUCAAACUGAAAUCAAAUAUCCAACUGAAAAUAUUCCUUACAAGGGUGAGGAUAUUGGUUUGGUUGGAGAAGAUCUCAUCUUUGGAUCUCAGUUGAUAACUGAGCAGUCUCAGGGUUGUGGGUUCCCUGGAGAUAGAAUCCGUAUCCCUCAAUCCUUCCUGAAGAACCUAAACCUUACUCAGGGUAGGUGGGGGAACCUGGGCAAACUCUUUCUCAAGGAGUGGUCAAAAUACAGAUACGGAGUCUUUGACGAUUCUGGAUUUCCGGGUGAUGUCUUGUAUCCGGCUCACGUGAGCUAUCUGGACCGAAUCUACCCAUCCGGGAGCAGCAAUGCGAUGCUCCGCGGCUCCUGGUUUUACACAAACAGUUCAGAAAAUUGUGAUCCGCGUUACAACGAAUGUUAUUUCUCUCCGGAGCCAGGAAGAAACGAUCAGGUGACUUGCUCAAUCAGUUUCCUUCCUUUCCUCCCGAGCGUGAAAGAUUGGUGUGAACCAGAACAGAUUUCCACCCCCAUUGGUCCAACAAAACACAAUGUUCUGUGUAACGGAAAAUCAGUCCAUCAAGUGAUAAAUUCCCACCCCGACUUCAAAACAAGCAGAACAGGAAAGGUGGAGCUGGGCGAAACCAAAUACAACAUCAUCCGUCAACCUCCCCCCCAGUAUGUCGUUGUAUUAGAAACAUCGGCUUCUAUGGCCGGGGUUUGGAAGUGGGUUCGGAAAGCGCUGCAGAACUUGAUCAAGUUUGAGCUCCCGGACAACUCCAGGGUUGCAAUUGUAACCUUCAACAAGGAGGCGAGGGUAGAGCAGAAUUUAUCCAUCCUAACCUCGGAGCAGGUUCGGAUACGGGUAGCUGAUGCUAUCCCUGAUAGUCCAAACAAACUGAGUAGGUUUGAGGAUAGAUGUGUGAGCUGUGGGGUUCAGAUCGCCAUGGAUCAGGUUCUUAGAACAAGGGAGGCCGGGGGACAUAUUAUUAUCAUCUCCCAGGGGGAUGUUAGGACCUUGAGCAGCUCUGACGAGACGAUUAUCUCCGGGUAUGAGAAUAAACACAAUGUUAGGAUAAGCAGUGUUCUCAUUCCUAUUUCAGGGGUGCCUGUUCCCUUCUAUCAGAACAUAGCGGAGAUAUCGGACGGACGGUUUCAAACCAUCUCUGAGAAUAAGGUUGGUAUCUACGCUCUCUCUGAUCUGAUCCUAUCCUUGAGAAGGAUUGUGAGCGUGGACGGACAAGUUCCUGAAAACGUUCUUGUAGAUAAACUCAGUAAACCUGGAGGAACCGUCCUAACCCAGGGAGAGUUUCUUCUUGAUUCGACUCUGGGACGAGAGACGAGAUUCGGAGUGUUUGUUGAGGACGACGAAGAUCAUAAAAUCAAAUCCAUCAAACUGACGGACGAUACGGGACGAAUCUAUGGUCCGUACACAAAGAUGUCGUCGGACUAUGAUAUUAUCAACUUUAAGACGAUUAACUUCAAGGUUGGAGACCAACACCCAUUUCAAGAGGUUGGAAGAAGAUGGUUUUAUGAGAUAUCUUGGUUCCCUGAGAGAAAAUCCGUCAACAAUGUUAUUGUUGUGACGAGCAAACAAAGGAACCCUGACACCAGUUCACAUCUUGAGACUAAAAUAUGGAUUUCUCCAACAUUUCCCUACAAUAUCUUCUGCAGGGUCCGGAUGGGUGAUCAGGCUGUUCAUGAUGUACGUGUUGACUUGAACGCGAGUUAUGUGCGCGUAGAUGGAGGAGUUGACCUACUCGGCAAUAUACAACUACUAGAUGAUGGUGUCGGAGACCCUGAUCUGCAAGCUGGGGACGGAAUCUACUCCAGGUCUAUCUCCUGGUCUCCAGGUCCUGGUUCAAUCCUUUUUUCUCUAACCAUCUCCGAUAACAAAGGUCAGGCCUACAUCGUUACUCCGGGUCCAUCUAUUAUCAGCCAGCCGGAGAAUCUUCAGCUCCCUGUCUGUUGUGGAUCCAGGAUUGAUAUCCCGGAGUCAAGAAGGAAAUAUCUAGGAUUGUUUCAACGGAAUUAUUCUCUCAGCGUAGGGUCUAUAGCAGGCGGAGAGAUUGAUAUAAUCCCUCCAGGAAAGAUUGGAGACUUGAACGGUGUUUUGAAGGACGGAUUUUUCUACAUGAACUGGACUGCUACUGGGGGAGAUCUUCAGGACGGACAGACGGACGUAUACAGGAUAUACUUCUCCAACAACAUCUCAGAACUGAUACUAGGUCAGGGAACGGAUUUUGUAGAAUUCACACAGUACGAUAUGGUUGGAAGCCUAGCUAACUACAGCAUGAGUGUGCAGGACAGAUCAGGGUCGCUCUAUGUGGGAAUGAGAGCAGGAGAUCUGUCAGGAAACUAUGGGAAACUAUCCAACCUUCUCCUGGUUGAGUUAGGAGAGGAGGGGGGUGUAACGCUUCCCACCCCCGGAGAAUCCAAUGGUUCCAGUGACUGGUCACUUAUCGGCAUCAUUCUUGGAGUUAUUAUAAUCCUUGUGCUUUGUCUUAUUGUCCUCGUGGUCUCUGUCAUCUGUGGGAAAAGAUCCCGAAGACUAAAAACAAAAACCAAAUCUAGCGGAGUUAAUGUUCAUAUUCCCAGUCCUACUAGAUCUGAUGCUACGGAUGUGAGCUAUGACUCUGACCACCAAUUAGUUCCGACCAUGUCCAAACCUCCCUCAAGUACCAGCUUCGCUAACAAUCUGACACCGACAUACUGGAGCGCUUCGCAACUACUCUCCGAGCACGAGCAAAGAACCGGUUCCUUGGCUCGUAAGCCAAUCAAGGAGCAAUACAUUAACACAAACAACAAUGGUGUCUACAACGGGUAUACAAUAACACCACUGAGUAACAAAACCUCUAUUUAUGGAUCACCUAGUGAAUACGGAGCUUCGGAGUACAGUCGUGGAAACACCUACGGUCAGCAUGGUACAUACGGUACAUACAUGGAACCAACUAAUGAUGUUGACUACGGUACAGUUGUUGUUCCACAAAACCUGGACGAGUUCUCACACCUAGACUACGGGGUGGUGACGCAGUCCGAGGGAGACUACGGCAGCGACCUGGUGGAUGAGGUGAUUGACCCCGUGAAUAGAUCUACAGGUUUCAACGUCAGUGAUGUAUCCUCCUCCACCCUACCCAUGUUCAAUCAGUCCCUCAGGGGAUCUCUCAUCUCGCUUAGCUCCGCCAAAAAGAAGAACAUCACUCAAGUCUAGGAUUUGUUAAUCCAGAGCUCGGAAAUUUUAAACUGCCGCUAAUUUAACCCUCUAGCUGAAUCCUAUAGAACUAAUUCAACCCUCUGGCUGAAUCCUAUAGAACUUAAUUUAUCACUCGGACUCUUAAAGCCAGGAUGAAAUUAUUCAAAUGACAAGUGAUACAAAUGAUAAACUGAAAUUAUGGUUUAAGUAAUAAUGCUAGUCACGGCCAGUUACAGGGUAAAACAAUAAAAGAUCAUGAAUUAUACAGAUUGUUUAAAAUUGUCAAAAGAUUCUGUACAAUGAUUCAUUGAUGCAUUGUACAUUGUACCUAAGUCGAUGUAAAGAAGAUAAUAUUGCAAAGAGCUUAACGCAUUUUCAUUCGUUACAGGGUGAACAAUAAAAACUACUAUUUUUCACCCUGUUCAUUAUAUUCUCUACGUGCAGGUAAACCCUUGUAAAAUGUAAAAUAUCUAAUUAUGAAUAUGUGAUGUUUUAUAAGAUUAUAGUUAGUUAAUAAUUAAUAAAAAAACUGUGAUAAUUAAAUAGAUAAAAUUAUUUU